AUGACAGCGAAUUUAAUAUCAUCAUCAACAACUAGCCUACCAACAUACAACCCAUCACCAACAAUUAACGAGGAUCCAAUACAGCAGCAACAGUCGAAUCAAUUCUAUACGAAAGGCCUUUCCAAUGAUGAGGAGACCAACGAAACUAAACAGACAGAGUUUGACAUUUUACAAGCCUUGUCUAAAUAUAAUAUCAUUGGAGGAUUGUGGGUGUUCACAUGGUUUUCAUUGAAUAUAACAAUAGCUUUCGGAAACAAAAUCGUAUAUUGGCAAGGGUUUAGUUUUCCAACAAUUUUAUCACUUUUUCACAUGUUGGCUUCGUGGUUAUUAGCAUUCAUUUCAUUGAGAUAUCAAAAUCGUAAUGAUGCUUCUGCAGAAGUGGAAAUUAAAGCUGAGGCUAAAAAACACAUGUGGCUCUAUAUUGUAGUGUUUAUUUUGAAUAUCGUUUAUGGAAAUAUUGGAAUUUUUAGAACAUCAUUACACAUGUCACAGAUUGUGAGAAGUACUACUCCUCUUUUUGUCAUGGUUUUGAGCUAUUUGAUUGUUGGAACGACCACCAGCAUUCAUAAAUUGGCAAUUGUUUCACUUGUAAUUGCAGGAGUGAUCAUGUCAAUUGUAAAUAAUUUGGAAAUUAACAUGACUGAUGUCAUUAUUCUCAUGAUUGGAAAUUUAUUUGCUGCUUUAAAGACAGUUCUCACAAACUUGUCGUUGAAAAGUCACAAAAUAUCACCACUUGUUUUAAUGAACUAUGUUGCUCCAUAUGCUUCAUUAGGAAUGCUUAUGAUAACGAUUGUGAAUGGAGAAUUGGUUAGAUUUAUGAGUGAAUAUCACAAAGUGACAUUGUAUGGAGUUUUGGCUGUGAUAUUGACCUCUAUAAUGUCAUUCUUUUUAAACACGACUAAUUUCAUUGCUAACAAGAUGACAAGUCCGCUUACCAUGAGUUUGUCAGCAAAUCUCAAACAAGUAUUGGUUGUAGUUGUGAGUUUAUGUUUCCUUCAUCAAGGAGGAGUUACUUCAGUGAAUAUUAUUGGUAUUUCAAUGACACUGUCAGGAAUGCUUAUUUAUUCAGUGCUUUCUCUAUAA